GCAUAUAGCAACGAACAACACCGGCGGAAUAAAUACGGCUACUUGUUGACGUUUGUCAGUAUUCGUCUUUGGUGGUAGGAACGAUUACACGAUAAAUUCGGAACUACACAGAGAUGUCUUCAUACAGAGCUGCAGAUUCUAAGAGAGAGGAGUUCAGAAAGUACCUGGAAAAGGCAGGUGUUUUGGAUGCCUUAACUAAAGUCUUGGUGGGCUUGUAUGAAGAACCUGAAAAGCCAAACAAUGCCUUAGAUUUUCUGAAGCAGCAUCUAGGGGCCAGUGGGCCAGAGACUGCAGAUGUUGAAGCCUUGAAACUAGAAGUCACAGAACUCAGACAGAAAGUUGAGCAACUUAAUGAAGAAAAUGCUGAACUUAAAACAAAGCUGUCACAGUUUGAACCCGAAGCAGAAGAACCUCAGGCUGAAAACUGAUCCAUGGAAUUCUCAUAUAGACAUUUCAUUUUAAGAGCUUUAGUUUAUUAUCAUUUGACUCAACUCACUAUGUUUCAUUCGGGUAGAAGGACACACAGAUUUUGUCUUUUUUAAGUGUGUUCAACAAGUGAUCUUCAGUUACUGGUACAUGUACAAGAUUGUGUAGGAUUCUUGUUAGUUUCUGUAUACAUGGGGUAUAUGUUCUUUGUUGAUUAGUUGAUGGUAAUUUAACACAGAAUGACUAUUUUCUGGACUGUAUAAAUGUGAUAAAACCUUUCACUGAUGCAGUCAUGCACCCAUGCAGUCCAUGAAACAGAUUUGUUAAAAGUUGAUCAACAAAUGCUGUCACCUUUCAUUUUUUUUUAAAUGAUCCAUAGUAGUUGAUUCAAAGCACAUAGAGAUCAAGUGUGGCCGAGUGUUAUGUUUACUUAUGUUUGUUAAGAACUUUGGAGGUUUUGCUGGUUUCCUGCUAUCCAGUGUGCUCUGCAGGACCUGGUGAGCUAAUGCUGAGAGCAGAUUGUUUAUGUGAAGAUAGUACAGGCAUGGGCUGCCUUCCUGGACCAUCUCUUGCUAUAAAGCUGAGAAUCCUCAUCUUCAUUUGUGACUCAACUAUGCCAUGCAGAAGUCAAUAAAGAUAAUCUUCUGUUAACUGUUGGUUGUUCUGAUCAUUAUUGGUUUGUUUUUCGAAAAAAGGGCAAUGAUUAAGAGAAAAAAUAGCACUGAAUUAAUCAGGAUUUUUUUUCGUUGAGGAGCAUAUUAUUAUGAUGCAGCAAAGGUGUUUGGUGAUGUGUGAUGCAAAGUUUUGUAGGCAGAGAUAUAUCGCUGUGACUCAUAAUGAUUUUUUAUUUAAGCACUUGUGCAAGUCAGCCUAGAUCUUCGAAACUAUAGCAUUUCGUAAAGCAUACGGCAAGUCAACAUACAUUAUACUAUAGAGCAGUUUUGCGGCAUUGAAUAUGAUCAGGAAAUAACCACAUCAUCAAUAUUGUUGGAUUAUCACGGGACAAUGAGCUUGUUUGAAGGUAAGCGAAAGUGUAAAUUGCAACAUCGAUAUUUAUGAUCAGGUUGAACGAUCGUUUGCCGACCCGAAAAGUAAAACCUGUGAUACAUCUCAGCGCAUUUUCGCUUAACUUGAUUUAUGCAUUCUUGUAACUAUUAGGGCACAUGUAUAUGUCUCGUCGGGUGUGCGUUUUAACCUAGUCAACUAUAUUCCGAAAAAGUAUUUGCCUGAAAAUACUGAAGUUUUUUGAAAUUAGCUCCAUAAUACUCAUACAUGUAUUUGGGCAGGCACAAUUGUCAUUUUUCCAUUCUUAGGCCUUUCAUUGCUAUCUAUGUUAACUUUUCUCCUCUGGUAUAUGUUUAACAUCAGUGUUAACAUCGUUUUGCCAAACAUUUAUUUAUCUGUCUAGGAUGAGAUCAUCGUGAUUUAUGUCCCCAAUAGAUUUCAGACGGAAAAUACCCUAUUUUACUGAACUUGAUUUGGUUCAAGGCUUGCCCUACCGUUGUCCUAUGUGGGCGAUAAUGUUGGGAAGCAGGACACGAACUAUUAUUGUAACUACCCAACUAAUAUAAUCAUCAUAAAGAUGACCAAUAAAAACUUUAUCA